AUGAGAUAUAAGACAUAUUUGUAUAUAUCAUUAUUCAUACUAAUUGGAUAUGUGAGAUGUGCAGAUAAAUCUGAUGAAGAUACAUUUGAUCCAUCAAUUCUCAAUAAUUUGACUCUAGUACCAUAUAGUGAUAGCGAAGAUGAAGAUGAUAAUUUUAAUAUAACUGGUGGAAUCCAAAAUAAUAAUCAUCCUCAAUCCCACCCUCAACAACCUGAUCAACAGCAUCAAUCUCAACCUGAACCUAUUCAAUAUCAACCUACACAACAACCUUCAACAGAACCACCUCAAUAUCAACCUCAUCAACCAAUUCAACAUACACAGCCAAUACCAGUACCACCUCAUCCACAACCUCAAUAUCAACAGUAUGAACCAAUACCUUAUAUACCAUACCAACCAGAACUACAACAACCUCCGUAUCAACAAUAUCAGCUUGAAUCAUAUCAACAGUAUGGAACCGGAUAUGGACCAGAACAACCUACACCUCAGUAUGGACCUUAUGGACCUCAACAUCAACCUCAGUAUCCAGGACAUCAACCCCAACAAUAUUAUCCUGAACCAUAUAAACAACAACCUCAACCAAUACCACCAAUAAUACAAAUACCACAAGAUGGAUAUCAACCAGUAUUACGACCACAACUAGAACAGUAUGGAACAGGAUAUGGACCAAUACCAAUUCAACAACCACAGGUACCUCCACCACAAAUACCUGUGACUAUACGAAUACCUGAUCCAUAUGAAGCACAUGUACCAAUACAGCAACCACUUUAUCAACCACCUCAUAUACCUAUACCAACACAACCACCUCAUAUACCUAUACCAACACCUAUUCAACCAAUACCUCAGUAUGGACCUUAUGGACCAAUUCCACAACCUUUUCAGCCAUAUCAAGAACCUCAACCACCAAUUCCAAUUCCUCAUCCACCAAUUCAUAUACCAGAACAACAUAUUCAUCCACAGCCACAAAUUCAACAACCUUAUGGACCUCAAUAUCAACCACAACCACCAAUUCAACUACCUUAUGGACCUACUCCACAAAUACCAGAGCCUAUACCUCAUCGACCACAUUUACCUCAUCAACCAAUAUCAAUUCAUCAACCAUAUGGACCUCAACCACCUCCUCAAGGACCUACAUCACAACAAUAUCCAGGAUAUCCAAUACCUUAUCAACCUAGACAACCUCCACCAGAUCAAGGACAUCAACACCCUAUUCCAAUUCCACCAAUAAGAUUUACUUCUUGUGGACCUCCUAGAUUUAGACCACGACAGCCAAUUCCACAAAUCAGAUUAACUACUUACGGACCACCUAGAUUUAGACCUAGAGGAAUACCAGGACCUAUAAUUCAGAGACCAACUUAUAUGCCAACAAAAGAACAUAAACCAAGUCAUCUACAUAUUAGACAUCCUAUACACAUACUAAAACGACAAGGUCAAAGAACUCAAACUACUACUCAAGGAACUACUGAUGGAACAAAUAAAAUAACUGAGACUGAAACUCAUACUGAAGAAACUCAAGACUCUACACAACAAGAUCCUACUCCUGAAGACUCUAAAGAAGAACAGACUGAAGAAUCUACACAUGAUGAGUCUAAAGACUCUACACAACAUACUCAACAACCUCAACAGGAACCAACUCAACAAACUACACAACCUACAGAAUUAGAACCAGAAACUAUUCCAGUAGAGGUUGGAUCGGAUGAAGAAGAUGAACCUCCAGAACCUGGAGAACCUGGAGAUGGAGACCAAGUACCAGAUCAACCUGAAGAAGAACCAGGAGAAGUUGAAGAUGAAGAAGAUGAAGAAAAGGAUAAAAAAGAAAAAAAAGAAAAAAAACCUAAAAAAAUAAAAAAAUGUAAAGACAUCAAAUUCUUAAAGAUGAAUGAGGAAGGUAAUCUAAGUAAACUAGAAAAAGAAGAAUACGUUAUUACAACUAAUGAUUCAAAUUUGGUUAAAUUUAAACUCUUAGUAGAUGUUGAACAAGUACUUUGCGACUAUGAAAGAGUGUAUGAACAAGUACCAGGAAAACCUUAUCCUAAAACAGUCACAUAUAACAAACAAAAUUCUCUAUUUAUUAUUGUUAGUUCUGGAGGAUUUGUUUUAAUAAGAAACGAAGAUGGUAAAUGGAAAUAUAAGAGGUCAAGAAAUCUUCCAGAAUACGUUAAAUUCUAUACCAAAAAUGAAUUAGGUGAGUUAAUACAGAUUGGUGAUGAAGGUUUGAAUAUAGAUGCAACUCCGAGUGGAUCAUUUAGAUAUAAAUUCAACCAAGAUGUAAAAUGUUGUAAAAUUAUGAUAAAAGACAUGAAUGUUUGGGAAAAAACUGAUGAUGAUGUUGUUUAUCCCUUGUCAGUAUCUAUCACUGAUAAUUUAAAAGUUAUUGUAUAUUAUAAAGAUUAUCAUAGUUUAUUCGCUAGGGCCGAAAGAAAAUAUAAGCAUAUUUUUAAUAAAGAAAAUAAUUGA